UGAUGCCGGGACCCGAAAAGUCUGGAUUGAGCUCGCUUCACGCCUGAAGUCUCAAUGUCCGGAACUUCGGGUGCGGUGUGUCUGGCUCACUACACCACAAACAAUUGCACUACACAACAACGCAGUACGAGCAUGGGGAGGACUUCCAUCGAAAGAAAAGCGAGACUUUUUGCCAGGCGUCGCUUUUACAAGUUACGCUGCACGAUUUCAAGAACCUAAGGUCGAAGACGGGUUUGAGGACUUGGAAAAGGUGGACUUUGCAUGGAGAGGAGGAGAAGAGGCAAAGAAAGUCUGGGGAAGGUGGUGGUUAGAUUGAGACUCAGGGCUUAGCCAAGACCCUCUCGUACGUUAAUUCACGAACCCAUGGCCAUUGCGGCCAUGAUUCCCGGAUUCACAUUUGUAUGCCUAUCAUGCGACCUCGCAGGACAUAUGACCGCUUUAGCUAAUCAUUCCAGACGUCUCGGAGGACAGGAGAGACCGUCAGCUGAUCUAGUUAACCCUGUACUACUCGUAACGAAACACUUAAAGCUUCAUCAUGGAUCCAACUUUUUCGAAGUAAUUUUGUGUUGGUCCUCACGUCAUGACGCUUUCGCAUAUGCGAUCAGCGUGCGGCAAGGUGGAGGACGCCACGUAACGGCCCGACCUCCUACGACCAAGCGACCUCCAACCACUGACGGGGUUUUCUCUGUUUACCUUCAUCGACGAGCACGACCAUUUCGUUUCUCCUCGACAAUC